CUCCAUCAGGCUGACCACAAGACCACCACCACUGCACCAGAAGGAGAUACUCCAGAAUCUUGAGGUGAUUGAUAUACUCGCUCUCUCCGUUUUUCUUGUCUGUUUUUCCCUUUCACGCCGUCGUCCUGCUUACCAAGUCACUCUUUUUAUCUGCGAGCUCAUUAGCUUGCGUCCAUUCGUUCAUAAUGCGUUCUGUGUCUCUUUUCCUUGCCUCUGCCGCUUUCGGCCUCGCGAGAGCGUCGUGGACGGAUGCCGAUGUCACCGUCACCGUUACGGCAACCCGAACCCACAGUGUCUGCCCAGUAACGACAAUCACGACGUGCGCAGCGCCCUCUACCAUCCAGACCGGAUCUCCCAAGUCAACAACUCUGAACAGUGCUGCGGCUUCUGAGGCUGAGAACAACUGGGCCUCUCAAUGGGAUGCUCAGAAGACAAACUAUAUCGGUCCAUGGAACGACUGGAGUGUCUCUGCUUCCGGCGCCGGCGUACCUACCUGGACUGAUUCGAGUUCGAGCCCAACAACUUCCGCUAGCUAUAGCAAGCCAACUGGUAGUACAACCGGAUCAAGUACCACCGGCUCCUGGUCUUCCCCACCAUAUGGCUACAACACAACUAGCACCACUGGCUCUUCGACAACCAAAGCCGCAUCUAUAACCACGAGCAGCUCGACUUCCUUCUCCGGAUGCCCAACCUAUACUCCAGCAAGAAACGGCUCCGACUUCUGCAACAACGCCGCCGAUCGAUCCAAGUGGUGCGGUGGUCAAGAUAUCACCUCCAACGUUUACACCAAUGGAUUCAAGACCGGUCGUACCGUCAGGUACACCUUGACAAUUGACAACACCACCAUGUCCUACGAUGGUACCGCUCCAAAGGUCGCCUUGACUGUCAAUGGACAAGUCCCAGGACCUGUCAUCGAGGCCAACUGGGGCGACAUGGUCGAAGUCACCGUCAUCAACAACCUGAAGGACAACGCCACCUCCAUUCAUUGGCACGGUGUCCGUCAAGAAGGCACAAAUGACCAAGAUGGUGUUCCUGGUGUAACUGAAUGUGCUAUUGCUGGAAACGGUGGUUCGCGCAAAUACACUUGGCUUGCGUCGUCAUAUGGUACCUCCUGGUACCACAGCCACGCUCUCGCGCAGUACGGAGAUGGUGUUCGUGGUCCCAUUGUCAUCCACGGUCCUGCCACUUCCAACUACGAUAUCGACAUGGGAACUGUCAUGAUUGACGACACCUUCGCCAACGCCGUUGGUACUCAAGCCGACCUCAUCACCCACUAUGGACCAGGCGGUUCUUUCAACACUCUCUUCAACGGCAAGAACAUCAACCCUGUCGGUCCUGGCGGCGAGGCAUUCCAAUGGACUGUCACUCCUUGCAGGAAGCACUUGUUCCGCAUCAUUAACAGCUCUUCUCAGAACAUGUAUGUUGUUGGCUUCGAUGCCCACAACAUGACCGUUAUUGCUGCCGACUUUGUGCCAAUUGUUCCUUACACAACUUCAACGCUCAACAUCGGCAUCGGCCAGCGAUACGACGUCAUUGUUGAAAUGAACCAACCGGUCGGCAGUUACUACGUCCGCGCUGUCCUCCAGACUGGAUGUCCUUCUGGCGGUGCCAACACUGGUCUGGGAACUGCCAACGCCAUCAUGAAUUACCAGGGCUCGAACUCUACCCCGAUCACCAACACACCCAUCACCAAUGUCACUGCGGCAAGCUGUAUUGAUGAGCCACUCGCAUCCUUGGUUCCCUUUGUUCCUCUGACAGCUGGUGAUUCUAACCAAUUCUCGUCAUCUGUCGAGACCCUGCCAGCCGGUGCGGUCACCCAAGUGCAGACCAGCACCGAUGGCCUUGUUUACCAAUGGUUCAUCAACAAUGGUGUCAUGAACGUCAACUACAGCCGAUCCACUCUCGAGAUGCUGGACUCUGGUGUCAACAGCAGCACUUUCAGCAACCCGGUUGUUCUGAGCCAGGCGAACGUAUGGGUUUACUUUGUCAUUCAAAACCAGUUCUUCGCCUCGCACCCAAUGCACAUUCACGGCCACGACGUCUCUGUUCUGGGCAUGGGUACUGGCGCUUGGAGCAGUAGCCUCACCUCCACCUUGAACUUCAAGAAUCCCAUGCGUCGUGACACUGUCAUGCUGCAGGGUUCUGCUGGCCCUGGAAACCCGGCCGGGUAUACCGUCAUUGGAUUCCAGACCGACAACCCUGGUGCGUGGGUCAUGCAUUGCCAUAUCUUGUGGCACGUCGAUGAUGGUCUUGCCCUGCAAUUCAUUGAGCGUCCUGAUGAUAUCGUCAAGGCUGGCUACACUUCCAAGCAAUCCUUCAAGGAUGAAUGCGCUGCCCUCAACACCUACACCGCUGCCAACCCACAGUCCGUCAGGACCGAAGGCGAGUCAGGCAUGAAGAAGCGUACCACCCUUGAGGCGCUUGGGGUCUCCCCCAACCUGUAUGCUGGCCUGAAGAGACACAGCAGCCACAGCCACAAGAGGUAUGCCGGCCGCCAUCACGCCUACUAAGGGACCAGUCCAAGACCAGGAUAACUUGCAUGCAACAGCGAAAGGGGUCAUAAUGGAAGGAGCAUAUUAAUGGACGCUUGUACGCUAGUCUACCUUACUUUUCAUCAGUUCAUGUCCAAUUUUUCGUUCGAUGUAGAACUGGAGGCACCCGUUUUGAACAUAAGGUGAUGAGUGCAAUCUCAUUGCCGUCUAAUUUUGAGCAUAUAUCUCUGCAGUCUUCGUGACAUGACUAGGUGCCCGAUUAUGUGUUACGAGUACUUGUGUUGAUGCUCCGACUGAUACGACGACUCUUUGAGACGGG